CCACUGAAAAUGAGAUGACGCGAGAGAAAAAUCUGGGAGAGGAGGAAGAACAGUAGCCCAAAAAGAGAGAGAGGAAAUUCAGUCAUGAAACAAUGGCGCUGCCAGUGAAGGUGAGCAGUGCAUGGACGGCUGCACGUGCAUUUUUGACCUCUGUUCACUUCUUCAUCCAGCGUGUAAAGAUUAAAGAACAGUAUUACUACUGAUCCAACGAAAGGGAGAGGGCGAAAAAAAAUAUCAUUUCACUUGGCGGUUUCUUCCGCCGUUACUCUUUGCGUUCACGUCGUUAUCCGGAAGAGCAACAAGGGGAAGCGAGGAGGGAGGAAAGAUCCCUCCUUUUGCUCCUCGCUCCCGUCUCCUCCUCCUCCGCAGUGGGAUACGCAUACGCCUCUAGAUUCAGUCAGCGGUGAUGUUCCAGUGGAAUCGGCAUCGAGCUGUCGAGGUUUCUGGCGUCCAAGAACUCAUCUUCGUCCUGUAGGUUCGCGCCUCCUGCGGUCUUACUGGUCCAGGUUCCAGGUUGUUAGCAUGUGAGAGUGAUGGCGGCUGCUGAAGCGAGAGCUGCUUGGCAACGCGCUGCUAACCGCUGCUUGGUUCAGGAGGAUGCGAAGAGAGCUCCGAAACUGUCAUGCUGUCCGCCGUCCCUGCAACCGCAUGAGACGAGCGGUGGAAAUCCUACGAACCCACAAGAUCUCCAUAUCCCUAAUUUUAUCCCUAUAAACUGGAAUCUGAUGAACUCCAAUCUGCCCAUGGAUACCCAGUGGUGGCUUCAGUUGCAGCCGAACUACGGGUGCCAGAUGGCUCUUGCCAGGGAGCACCUGAAUUAUAUGAAUGGAGAAGCUGGUGAGAAGAAAAUGGAAGGCGCAGUGCCAGUGUCUAAACUUGAGAAUAUCGAAGCUAAGAAGAUUGAGGAUCCUUUUGAGUUUUCGUGGAACGUUUCGACAACUUUUAUGAAGCAAUCAUCCGAAACAUGUUUGGAAGAGUUGAAGACUCUUGGUGGCUAUACUCCGACGAGUCUUAAGUGCAAAGGAAAUGCCAACAACUGUGUUCACGAGGGUAAAGAGUUUAUGGAGUUCAAAACUUUUGAUCCUUUGUUUCCAAAGAAACUGCAAAAUGAAUACUGUGAGAUGCAUGCACCUUGGGAAGAAAGCAGGAAGUCUCAGCCAUGGUGGCAAGUAGCUGAUGCUGAUGGUUUGGCUUCCCUUGUUGCCGACAGAGUAAUGCAAAACAUUGUGAACAAUGAUCUGCCAAGACCCACUCAGACAGUACGGGCUCGUGGAGCUAAAUUAGACAGCCCUGGAAACAAGGAUGAUUAUGGGCAGCUAUUGCCUUCUGCUGGUAAAGAGCCGGAUCCUGUACAUGACACUAUAGUGUGCAGCUACAGUGUUUCAAGCACCAACGAGACAAAUUCGUCUGAUGGGGGAGGUUGGCAACAGCAUCUAGGAAAUAAUAUGCCUGGGGGUGAACAGGAAUCUUAUAGUUCCUCUGAUAGUUCUCCAGGAAGCAAGCCAACAUAUCAGAAUGCCUCUGAAAGGGCCAAGCUGCUAGACGCUCUCCGCCACUCACAAACACGUGCUAGGGAAGCCGAGAUGGCUGCCAAGAAAGCCUAUGACGAGAAGGACCAUGUCAUCAUGCUUUUGUUCCGUCAGGCAUCACACCUCUUCGUUUGCAAGCAGUGGCUGAAAAUGCUGCAGUUGGAGAACAUAUGCCUCCAGCUCAGGUUCAAAGAGCAUCACAUAGCAACCAUGUUCCCAGAACUUAUUCCCUGGAUGACGGUGAAGGAAAAGGUGGCACCAGGGCAAGAGCGGAAAGAUGUGACGAGGAAAAAAGGCAGGAGGCCGAACAGGAAAGGCGGCCUCCGCAAGGCCGUCGUGUUUGCAGCUGGUGUAGGUAUCGUUGGCGCUGGAUUGCUUCUUGGCUGGACUCUCGGGUGGCUGCUGCCCAAGCUGUAAGUUCCAUCAUCUUCAAAGACGGCAAAGUUGACGAGAUAAGUAUCUCCUGUGUGCGCUAAAAUGAAUAGCUGAUAUAUAAGCUCCAAGUGUAUGCUUCAUGAAGCAGGAGAGUGAAAUUGCCAGAUUCUUAGGACACAUUCAUUCUAGUCUGUUGAUUUGGUUUGGAAGCCGUGGUGAUCAUUGCUCGAUACCUUCUUUUGGCUCCUGUCCUGUAUAUAUAGGAAGGAUUCGGUGCACAUAUUGCCAGAAACUGGGCACUUCUGUAGGUUCCAUGGCACUUCGUUUGAGUGUUGUACAUAGGGGUCAGUGGUGGUCUGGUGGAACAUGAAAUCAGUCGACUUCAACAAUGUAUGCACUAGUACUGUAAAUCUGUAGCUUUUAUUUGCUUAAUCUAGUAGGAAUUUGUACUAAUCAGCUUGCUGCCUACUGGUAGCGUAUACUCAUCACAGAUUUGCAUGUAUCUUAUUUCACCUGGUGAGUAUGUGCUAAAAUCAUUUAUUCA